AUGAUCAACUACUCAAGAUGGAUAAAUCCGCCUGUCUCGCUUGUUAAAUCAGUAGAGGAUUCUCGCGCUGUGUACAGAAAGCUAGGGAAUAGCGGACUCAUCGUAUCCAACCCCAUCCUAGGCGGUCUGCACUUUGGAGCAUCUCAAUGGUAUGAUUGGGUAUUAGACGAGAAAGAAAGCAUUUCUCUACUCAAGGCAGCUUACGACAAGGGUAUCAAUACAUGGGAUACAGCCAAUUUCUACUCCAACGGAGAGUCAGAGAGAAUUAUGGGGAAAGCCCUGAAAGUGCAUAACAUUCCGAGAAGUAAAGUUGUCAUCAUGACUAAAUGCGGUCGUGCAGUCACAGAUCCGAACGUAGAUCCCGACAUCGGUACAUGCACUGCGUACCAUCCGGAUCUGGCGAACAAAAGUAAAGAUUACGUGAACCAUCUUGGACUUUCCCGGGCAUCGAUUUAUCAGCAAGUAGAAGCAUCACUGCAGCGUCUCAAUACAGAUUACAUCGAUGUCCUGCAGAUACACAGGUUUGACGACCAGGUACCGGCCGAAGAGACCAUGAAAGCGCUUCACGAUCUGGUGCAGAUGAACAAGGUCCGCUACCUUGGAGCGAGCUCUAUGUUGGCUCACGAGUUUGCCAUUCUACAACAUACCGCAGAGAAAAAUAAUUGGACAAAGUUUGUCUCAAUGCAAAAUCACUACAAUCUCAUUUAUCGAGAGGAGGAGCGGGAAAUGAACAAGUACUGCAAACGCACAGGUGUGGGUCUUAUUCCGUGGGCUCCACUAGCUUCGGGCAAGCUAGCAAGGCCCCCAGGCCAACCAACAUCCUCCUAUCGAAGCGUCAACGGCACGUUAUACAAAGACAAUAAUCCAUCGCAGUCCGACGAGAUAGCUCGCCGAGUUUACGAGAUUGCCGUUUCUCGUAGCAUCCCAAUGAGCCAUGUCGCAUUGGCAUGGCUGAACAAGCGUGUUGUUUCACCAAUCGUUGGCCUCUCAUCGGUAGAGCGUAUGGAUGAGAUACUGGACGCUAGGGCUGUUGAGCUAUCAGACGAGGAAGAGACUUAUCUUGAGAGCGCCUAUCACCCACUGCCCAUCCAGGGACAUGUAUAG